AUGCGCUCCUUCUCACCUCCGAAAUCUACACCAGCACUUCCUCGCGCCCUAUGCUUUAGUUUUGUUCGGCUAUCCAAUGUCAUCGUUGCCACUGAUUAUGCCGGUCUAGGCGUCUCCCAUUGCUCUCAGCCACAAAACCAAUUGAUUAUUCAUCACUAUCUCGCCAAUCCUGCCGCUGCGAAUGAUGUGAUAUGUUCGAUUGUUGCGGCUCGUUCUGCGUUUCCACCCUUAGGAUCAAAGUCUGUAUCAAUUGGUCAUUCUCAAGGUGGAGGUGCAGUUUGGGCCAUUGCACAAUAUAAUUCUAAAGAAAACAUCGAAGUGUACCUUGGAGGCGUUGCAAUCAUUCUUACAACAGAUAUUAGAAGCGGGAAUGAUGCUAGGUCUGAAGAAUGUGUUUCCCAAAUUCCAGUAUCCAGAUGUUUUACCGAGGAGGGGCUCGCUGCAGUGAACACUUAUAGAGAAGUUGAGGGAGGCUGCGCAGUGGGAAUGGGUCUAUUCUUAUCAUUGGCACUGGAGGGGACUUUGCUAAGAGAUGGGUGGAGAGAUAAUGAAUGGGUUGUCAAAUAUAAUGAUUUGAUAAUGAGCGAAGGCAAGGAAAUUGGCGGAACGCUGUUGGUUAUCCAUGGAGAGAGAGACCCGAUCAUCGAUUUUACUCUUACCGAGAAGGCUGUACAUGAUAUAGCUAUGGAGUAUCCUGAUUUUGAAUUGGAAUUCAUAAGACUACCCACUACGCACGACUCGGCCAUCACAGGAAGUCAGUGGUUAUGGAUGGAUUAG